AAAAGAUAACAAGAGGGUCUCUAACCCGACAGUCGAGAGAGGCGGCCAAGCCGAGCAGACGCCAUGGAUCGCGAGUGGGGCUCGAAGCCAGGCAGCGGCGGCGCGGCCUCCGCCCAGAAUGAGGCCAUCGACCGGCGGGAGCGCCUCCGGCGCCUCGCCCUCGAGACCAUCGACCUUGCCAAGGACCCCUACUUCAUGCGCAACCAUCUCGGCAGCUACGAGUGCAAACUUUGCCUGACGCUGCACAACAACGAGGGGAACUACCUGGCGCACACGCAGGGGAAGCGGCACCAGACGAAUCUCGCCAAGCGCGCCGCUCGCGAGGCCAAGGACGCGCCGGCGCAGCCCCAGCCUAACAAGCGCAAGCUCGCGCCCCGCAAGUCUGUUAAGAUUGGUAGACCUGGGUAUACAGUGACCAAACAAUAUGAUCCUGACACGAAGCAGCACUCGUUUCUUUUUGAGAUCGAGUACCCUGAAAUUGAAGAUAAUAUCAAGCCAAGGCACCGUUUCAUGGCAUCGUAUGAGCAGAAAAUUGAAUCUUGGGAUAAGAGGUACCAGUAUCUACUUUUCGCAGCGGACCCCUAUGAAAUCAUUAGCUUUAAGAUACCAAGCACAGAGAUUGACAAAUCAGCAGAUAAGUUUUUCUCAUAUUGGGAUCCAGACAAGAAGUCAUACAUUUUGCAACUAUACUUCAAGCCGAGACCACCAGAGGCUAACAGACAGCCAGCAGCUCCUGGGACUGUCCCAAAUGGGACAGGUGGUCCUCCUGGUCCUCCGCCGAGGCCGCCAUCCCAGCCACAGGCUCCGCCACCCCCUCCACCUAAUGCACCUAUAGGGAUGCCCCCUAGGAUCCCACUGCCACCAAUGAGCGGUCUUCAACCUCCACCCCCGCCACCUCCGAUGGCAAAUGGUCCUCCACGGUCAAUACCACCUCCGCCUCCUGCUGGUGGUGCAAUGGCUAACUUCACUCCUGGAGCUCCCCCACCACGUCCUCCGAUGCAAGGCUUUCCUGGGCCUCAGCAGUAGGUGACUUGAGGGACAACAACCAAGAUCAGGCAACCUAUAUUAAACACAGGCUUUACCGCCCUUUUGAUCCAAACCAGCAUGUUGCCAUAUGCAUGACAUGGUAAUCGAGACAUCAAUAUACUGUAACCUUGUUGAAUUAUUCCAGCAAAGUAUUUUAUUUGAUUAUGUUUUAUCUCGUUGGAUCUUUGUUUUAAAAAUGUCAUUUCAUAAUGGAUCUAUGGUUGUUGCUGAACCUGUGAA